AUUUCUUACAUUCCUCACACCUUUCAAAUUCUUCUCUCAUCACCAAGAAAAAGAGAAGAAAGAGUUCUAUCUUUCUGUGCUCUUUUUAGAAUCCAUUUUGCCCAUUACUCCAUUGUCUAAUCUAGAAAAUGAAGCAAAAGAUUGUGAUUAGAGUUUCAAUGAAUGAUGAGAAAUCUCGCUCCAAGGCCUUGAGGACUGUUGUUGCUGUAUCAGGUGUUGAAUCGGUUGCGUUAGUAGGGGCGGAAAAGAACCAGCUGGAGGUGGUCGGAGAUGUCGACGCGGUGGUGCUCACAAAUGCACUAAGGAAAAAAGUGGCGCCCGCAGAAUUGUUCAGCGUCGGGGAAGCAAAGAAACCAGAGGAGAAAAAGGCGGAGACUCCAGCACCGCCGUCACAGGUGGUUUGGGAUUGGUCCUACUACCCUCAGAAUGUGUAUCACUACCCAAUUUUUUUAUAAAAGAUGGCGAUUAGCCGAUGUAAUCGUAACAAUAAUCAGUACGGUUUUUAAGUAACUACGACGUUUGGGAAAAAUGUGUCACAAAUGGUUAUAAUAAUAUCUAUCAAGAAAAACUUAGAGAGGA